AUACAAUCUUGGGCAAAAUAAAUAUUUCUUACUAUAUGAGCAGCAGAUUAUUGUCAGAACUGCGGAAUUUAUCAAGUUAUUAAAAUAGCAAUGUUUUCCUGUUACACUAUAGCUUAAUUGUAUUCUCCAAAAGAUAUAAAUUCGUCAAAAAUGGCAUCAUCAGUCUCUUAUUCGAGAAUCAGUAUUUUGUAAGCGGUCUUUUUAAUUAGUGUAUGUCCGCUAUGUCCACAAUAUUCGCUUAUGUAGUAAAUAUUGUGGACAUGCACUAAUUAAAAGAGACCCUUUCGUAAGUGCUAGGAAAUAGGAAACAAACAAGAAUAAAGUCCAACAAAUUGUAUAAUAAAAGAUAUAUACUUCGCCUAAAUUGAAUUUUCAGUCUUUUAUUCACUUCUAAAAUCCAAACUCUUCUCUUUAAAUAUAUUGCCAGGUGAUCAGUUACAACCGAUACACCGGCCCUGUAGCUGUUGCUGAGUUUGAUCCAAAUAACUUUGACAUCGUACGCACAAGGCUGGUUGACCAGAAUGGCUUCCAUUGUCAGUUUCAAUGGCAAGGUUACAACCCAGAAAGCGCAACAACUGACGGGAUUGACAUGACUCAAAACCUCUUCUACCUCGGCCACGAUGAAAGGUACAACAACACACAAGGAACCCUGGGGUACGCACAAGUUGGUGACUACAUGGACACUAUGCCGGUACCUCCUCAUAGCAACAUAACUAUCCGGUUCAUACCGCGCCAUUACAGAGGAAAGACAGUAACCCAUUGUCACAACACUGUCCAUGCUGAUACAGGAAUGUUUUUGUUGACCAGAAUUGUUCGACGAAGAGGAUCACUGACUGGAGCUCGUAUUGACAGCAAUGGAACUUAUCCAGGAACUUGCCACCCAGGAGACUGGUAUCCAGGCGUUUCAACUGGUGACGGCAGAACACUGGUUCAAACAUCGCACAGUCAACCACCGAUCCAACCCAACAGAGGUUCAACAACAGCCCAUUUCCGUACCUGGUUGCUUGCUAAUUAUGCAGAAGUACUUGCCGAUUACAACAGGCGGCCACAGUUUUAUCAAAAUAAAUACCUGCUAGAAUUUCCUGGUAGAACCAUCGGAUAAAAAGGCACCAUGAAAAUAUUUACUUCCUAUUUUAAUCCGAAAAAAAAAAUAUUUAGAAUACAAUGUAAAUAAGAUUCACUAUAUGCAUAAAACAUGCAACCGAAAAAAUUGUUUUGUUUUUCACCGAGUAAAAUACACAUGAAAAAA